AUGAAAUCUUCAGGCAGAGAAAGUGUUGAGUCGGAGACAGAAUCAAUUUCGAGCGCACCUGAGGACCAGCACAGUGCCAACAUCUUUGAAAAUACUGCG